GGUGCGAGGGGGUGUUGUUGGGGCGACGGUUAAUAAGUGUGUGGAUUGCCACCCAAGCCAAGUCUGGUCCCGUUGGACGUGUUCGGUGUUCGAUUCGCACCUCGACCACUUCUCCUCUGUGGAUUAAAUCUUGCCGUUCCGCACUCUCCUCCUCCUCAGCCGUUCUCCCCAUCAGCAUCUUAUCGACAUAUCUUAUCUUUCACGCGCCUCCCGAUCACACGAGCGAGGCCCUCAUCCCUCAUCUAACAUCCUCAACCCCAGCUCGGCCCUCGCGGUCUCUGCUUUUUCGACUCCGCGAGAGCGGCUCUCACGAUCGAGUGACACGUAAAAGAUGGCGCCCCCGGCCACCUGCCCGCAAUGCAAGAGCAGAGAGAUCGCGACAGACUACGCGCUCGGAGUCGUCGUGUGCCAGUCAUGUGGUCUUGAGCUCGAGCAGGGCAUCCUCGUGUCCGAGGUCGGGUUCACGGAGGGCUCAGGCGGGCGCAUGCAUGUGCAGGGAACUUUUGUGUCGCACCAUUCCACGGGCAUCAACACAUUUCGAGGCAUUGGGCCAACAUCCGAAAACGUCAAGGAAGAAGGACGUAGGCGUAUCCAGCUGAUCUGCAACCAGAUGGGUAUCCUCCCGUCGGUGCAGCGUGGUGCGCAGCGCUUCUACUCUCUCGCUGUUGACAACAAGUUUAACAGGGGCCGCCGGACAGACUACGUCGUCGCGAGCUGCAUCUAUCUCUACUCCCGCUUUGAGAAGGACGCGCUAAUGCUUAUCGACUUCAGCGAGCGCAUGCAGAUCAACGUGUACGAGCUCGGCGCGACUUACUUGAAAUUGCGCGCGGCGCUCAAUCUCGACCAGGUGCUGCCGGAGAUUGACCCAGCGGUGUACAACAUCCGCUUUGCGAAUCGCCUCGACUUUGGCAGUAAGGCCACGGUGGUCGCGCGAGAGGCGUCGCGUCUCGUCAAGCGCUUCAAGGCCGAUUGGAUGACGGCUGGCCGACGCCCUGCGGGUAUCUGCGGCGCAUGCCUCGUCAUCGCGUCACGCAUGAACGACUUCCUCCGGACGCCCGAAGAAGUCGCACAGGUCGUCAAGGUGUCACCGCAGACGAUCAAGAAGCGUCUCCAGGAAUUUGCCAAGACGGCCAUGGCGUCGAAGAGUGUGGCGGAGUGGCGUGCCAUGACGGACGCCGAGCUCGAGGCGCCCAACAAGGACGAGCUGCCCCCCGUUGUCAAGGAGCAGCGCGCGCGAGAGGAGCGGAAGCGCCGUCUCGAGACGGCCGCAGCGGAAGAUGACGACUCCGAGUCGCGCGGUAGCAGCCGAGGCGGUACUCCCGCCACGCCGUCCGCACCGCGAUCAAAGCGCCAGCGCGUCGCUCCGAAGGCCAUGGAGCCUGCCGAUGACGGGAAUGAGGCUGCAGCGGACGCCGCCAUCGCCGAGGUUGCACUUAACAUAGGCGAGUCGGACGGGGAGGGCGAGGACGAGAAUCUCGAGGAGCUCUCGAAGGAAGAUUAUGUCGGAGACAUCCAGCGUGCGGGCGACGACAGUGAGCUGGCCCGCAACGAACGCCGCCGAGAACGGCGCCGGCUCUUCCGCGGCGUCAAGGCAACUGCCGGCUCCGACGAAGACGACGAGGAACUGGACGAGCUCGCCGCCGACGCAGAAGACUUCGACGACAAGUUGGACGCCAAAGAGGAUGACAAAGAGGAGGACCGUGCUGCCAUCGCCGCGUCGGGCGGGUUCAAGGACCUUCCUGAACCGCCGUCGUGGGACGACAAGGAGGCCGUGUACAAGUACAUCGAGGUGAACAUCUUCGGGGACGAGGGCGAUCUGCUGUACCAAAGCACGGCGGACAAGCACGCGCGCAUCGAGCGCUGGCUGCGCGGCCGGCAGCCCAAAGACGUCAUCUCGGAGAUGCGCCGCGUGCAGUGGGCGCACCACAAGCGCGAGUACGACGCCAAGCAGAGCAUCUACCAGAGCUUGAGUGAUAUCGACGACGAUGAGCUCGAGAACAUCUACGUGAUGGAGGAGGGGGAGCAGGCUGCGCGCGCGCGCAUGUGGCUGUCGCACAAUGCGCGGUGGCUUGAAGAGGACAAGGAGCGGCAGAUCAAGAGGGCGCAGCGCGCCGAGGAGAUGGAAGCUAAGCGCGCGGGCAAGGCGCCCCGCAAGAGCUCGAAGCGCCAGAAGCGGACGGCGCCGUUUGCGAGCGCGCGUGAGGCCAUCGACAACUUUGCCGCGACGAAGAAGUUCUCGAACCGCAUCAACAUGGACGCGAUCCGCCGCCUCGACGCCGGCGAGGAGUACGAUCUCCAGAGCAUGCCGGACGAGGAUGGGGAUGACAAGGACGACAAGGACGACGAUAAGAUGGACCACAAGGCCGACGACGACGACGACGACGACGACGACGACGACGGUGAUUAUACAUUUAACAUCCCGGAGGGCCAGUUUAUUGAACACCCGGGCGAUUCGUCGGAUGAGGGAGACGAAUAGUCGGAAUCUUUGUGGAAUCUGCGGCCUGUGUGUAGAGGACGUCGAAACCAUUGUACUUCUAUUCCAUAACAUCGUCCCUUGCCAUUGUAUCAUAUCGCAAUCGCAAUCUAUGCCAGGCAUUUUGUGCAUGACAAUAAUCCUGUGGUGCGCUCACAGUGCCUAUG